AUGGACCAGCUACAACGGGCGGCACUCACAGACGACUGGCCUGCUGCAGCCAAUGGUCACCCUAGUCAUACUGAAGUCACAGACGACCAGCGCCAACCUACCGCCAAAGAUCGCCAGAGUCAAGGUGAAGUCAUGAAGGACAAGGAUCAUAUUAUAGUCAAAGACGUCUUGGGCCAAUCUGAAGUCAAACCGGACGAGGUUGAAACUGAAGUCAGAGAGGAUGGAAUUCAAUCUGAAGACAGAGAGAAUGAGCUUCAAGUUGAAGUCAGAGAAAACGAAGGUCAAACUAAAGUCAAACCGGGCGAGGUUCAAACGGAAGUCAAACAAGACGAGGUUCAAAUUAAACUUGGAGAAGACAGUGUUCAAAUAGAAGUCAAAAUGGACGAGGAUCAAUCCGAAGCCAAAAUGGAUGAUGUUCAAACUGAAGUCAGAGAAGAAAUUCAAGCUGAAGCCAGUGAAGAUCAGGUUCAAGCUGAAGUCCGAGCAGACGAGGUUCAAGCUGAAGUCCGAGCAGACGAGGUUCAAGCUGAAGUCCGAGCAGACGAGGUUCAAGCUGAAGUCCGAGCAGACGAGGUUCAAGCUGAAGUCCGAGCAGACGAGGUUCAAGCUGAAGUUCAAGCUGAGUCCGAGCAGACGAGGUUCAAGCUGAAGUCCGAGCAGACGAGGUUCAAGCUGAAGUCCGAGCAGACGAGGUUCAAGCUGAAGUCCGAGCAGCAGACGAGGAAGUUUCAAGCUGAAGUCCGAGCAGACGAGGUUCAAGCUGAAGUCCGAGCAGACGAGGUUCAAGCUGAAGUCCGAGCAGACGAGGUUCAAGCUGAAGUCCGAGCAGACGAGGUUCAAGCUGAAGUCCGAGCAGACGAGGUUCAAGCUGAAGUCCGAGCAGACGAGGUUCAAGCUGAAGUCCGAACAGACGAGGUUCAAGCUGAAACCAGUAACGACGAAGUUGAAGCUGCAGCCAGAGAGGACCAAAUUCUUAUGGUAACACGGGGCAACAAAGUCACCCAAAAGCCAGUCCCAUCCAUAGUGAUAAAUGACGUGUGUUGUGACCAAGGGCUGUCUUCACUCACACACGACCGGGAACAGUAUCUGUCAUCAAUCAUAGUCGACGAAGGUGUAUCAACACUUGACCAGCACAGUGUACCACCGGUGAGUGAGGACCAGCACAGUGUACCACCGGUUGUAUCAACAGGAGCUGAUGACCUGCAGGUUGAACCAACAGUUAGCGAUGACCUGCAGGCUGCGCCAACAGGUACCGAUGACCUGCUGGCUGCGCCAACAGGAGCCGAUGACCUGCUGGCUGCGCCAACAGGAGCCGAUGACCUGCUGGCUGCACCAACAGGAGCCGAUGACCUGCUGGCUGCACCAACAGGAGCCGAUGAUCUGCAGGCUGCACCAACAGGUACCGAUGACCUGCAGGCUGCGCCAAUAGUUGGCAAUGACCUGCAGGCUGCACCAAUAGUUAGUAAUGACCUGCAGGCUUCACCAACAGUUACCGAUGACCUGCAGGCUACACCAACAGGUACCGAUGACCUGCAGGCUGUACCAACAGUUAGCGAUGACUUGCAGGCUGCACCAACAGUUAGCGAUGACCUGCAGGAUGCACCAACAGCUGCACCAACAGUUAGUGAUGACCUCCAGGCUGCACCAACAGUUACCGAUAACCUGCAGGCUGCACCAACAGUUAGUGAUGACCUGCAGGCUGAACCAACAGUUACUGAUAACCUGCAGGCCGUACCGACAAGGAAUGAUGACCUACAGACUGUACCAACAGUUACCGAUAACCUGCAGGCUGCACCAACAGUUAGUGAUGACCUGCAGGCUCUACCAACAGUUACCGAUAACCUGCAGGCUGCACCAACAGUUAGUGAUGACCUGCAGGCUCUACCAACAGUUAAUGACCUGCAGCCUGCACCAACAGUUGAUGACCUGCAGGCUGAACCAACAGGAAGCCAUGACCUGCAGGCUGCACCAACAGUUACCGAUAACCUGCAGGCUGUACCGACAAGGAAUGAUGACCUACAGACUGUACCAACAAGAAGCGAUAACCUGCUUGCUGCACUAUCAAAGAGCAAUGACCUGCUUCCUGCACCAUCAAACAGCGAUGACCUGCUUGCUACACCAACAAAGAGCGGUGGCCUGCUUGCUGCACCAACAAAGAGCGAUGACCUGCAGGCUGCACCAACAGGAGCUGAUGAUCUUCAGGCUGCACCAACAGGAGCUGAUGAUCUUCAGGCUGAUCCAACAGGGAGCGAUGACCUGCAGGAUGCACCAACAGGAUCCGAUGACUUGCAGGCUGAACUAACGCGUCACGUUGACCUGCAGGCUGUACCAACAGUUAGCGAUGACAUGCAGGCUGCACCAACAGUUAAUGUCCUGCAGGCUGUACCAAUAAUGAGCGAUGACCUGCAAGGUACACCAAUAAAGAGCGAUGACCUGCAGGCUGCACCAACAGGAUCCGAUGACCUGCAGGCUGUACCAACAGUUACCGAUGACCUGCAGUCUACACCAACAGGUACCGAUGACCUGCAGUCUACACCAACAGGUACCGAUGGCCUGCAGGCUGUACCAACAGUUACCGAUGACUUGCAGGCUGUACCAACAGUUAAUGUCCUGCAGGCUGUACCAACAGGAAGCCAUGACCUGCAGGCUGCAUCAACAGUUACCGAUAACCUGCAGGCUGAACCAACAGUUACCGAUGACGUGCAGGCUUUACCAACAGGAAGCCAUGACCUGCAGGCUGUACCAACAGUUAGUAAUGACCUCCAGGCUCUACCAACAUUUACCGAUGACCUGCAGGCUGCACCAACAGUUAGUAAUGACCUGCAGGUUGCAUCAACAGUUAGUGAUGACCUGCAGGCUUCACCAACAGUUAGUGAUGACUUGCAGACUCUACCAACAGUUAGUGAUGACCUGCAGGCUGCACCAACAGUUAGUGAUGACCUGCAGACUCUAUCAACAGUUAGUGAUGACCUGCAGGCUGCACCAACAGUUAGUGAUGACCUGCAGGCUGAACCAACAGUUACCGAUAACCUGCAGGCUAUACCAACAAGGAAUGAUGACCUACAGACUGUACCAACAAGAAGCGAUAACCUGCUUGCUGCACCAACAAAGAGCGAUGACCUGCAGGCUGCACCAACAGGAGCCGAUGGUCUUCAGGCUCAACCAACAGGAUCCGAUGACUUGCAGGCUGAACUAACGCUUCACGUUGACCUGCAGGCUGUACCAACAGUUAGCGAUGACCUGCAGGCUGUACCAACAGUUACCGAUGACUUGCAGGCUGCACCAACAGUUAAUGACCUGCAGGCUGCUGCUGCCAACAGGAAGCCACUUGACCUGCAGGCUGCAUCAACAGUUAGUGACGACCUGCAGGCUGCACCAACAGUUAGUGAUGACCGCCAGGCUGCACCAACGGCUGCACCAACAGCUAGUGAUGACCUGCAGGCUGCACCAACAGUUAGUGAUGACCUCCAGGCUCUACCAACAUUUACCGAUGACCUGCAGGCUGCACCAACAGUUAGUAAUGACCUGCAGGCUGCAUCAACAGUUAGUGAUGACCUGCAGGCUUCACCAACAGUUACCGAUAACCUGCAGGCUGUACCGACAAAGAGUGAUGACCUACAGGCUGCACCAACAAGGAGCAAUGACCUACAGGCUGCACCAACAAGAAGCGAUGACCUGCUUGCUGCACCAUCAAAGAGUGGUGACCUGCUUGCUGCACCAACAAAGAGCGAUGACCUGCAGGCUGCACCAACAAAGAUCAAUGACCUGCAGGCUGCCUCAACAAAGAGCGAUGAACUGCAGGCUGCACCAACAAAGAGCGAUGACCUGCAGGCUGCACCAACAGGGAGCGAUGACUUGCAGGCUGCACCAACAGGGAGUGAUGACCUCCAGGCUCUACCAACAGUUAAUGAUGACCUGCAGGCUGCACCAACAGUUAAUGAUGACCUGCAGGCUGCACCAACAGUUAGUGAUGACCUCCAGGCUGUACCAACAAGGAGUGAUGACCUUCAGGCUGUAUCAACAGUUAGUGAUGACCUCCAGGCUCUACCAACAGUUACCGAUAACCUGCAGGCUGCACCAACAGUUAGUGAUGAUCUGCAGGCUCUACCAACAGUUAGUGUUGACCUGAAGGCUACACGAACAGUUAGUGCUGACCUGCAGGCUGAACCAACAGUUAACGAUAACCUGCAGGCUGUACCGACAAGAAGCGAUGACCUGCUUGCUGCACCAACUAAGAGCGGUGGCCUGCUUGCUACCCCAACAAAGAGCGAUGACCUGCAGGCUGCACCAGUAAAGAGCGAUGGCCUGCAGGCUGCACCAACAGUUACCGAUGACCUGCAGUCUACACCAACAGGUACCGAUGACCUGCAGGCUGUGCUAACAGUUACCGAUGGCUUGCAGGCUGCACCAACAGUUACCGAUGACCUGCAGUCUACACCAACAGGUACCGAUGACCUGCAGGCUGUGCCAACAGUUACCGAUGGCUUGCAGGCUGUACCAACAGUUAAUGACCUGCAGGCUGUACCAACAGGAAGCCAUGACCUGCAGGCUGCUUCAGCAGUUACCGAUAACCUGCAGGCUGAACCAACAGUUACCGAUGACCUGCAGGUUGUACGAACAGGAAGCCAUGAUCUGCAGGCUGCACCAACAGUUAGUAAUGACCUGCAGGCUGUAUCAACAGUUAAUUAUACUGCGAACUACUCAACAGUUACCGAUGACCUGCAGGUUGUACGAACAGGAAGCCAUGAUCUGCAGGCUGCACCAACAGUUAGUAAUGACCUGCAGGCUGUAUCAACAGCUAGUGAUGACCUCCAGGCUGUACCAACAGCUAGUGAUGACCUCCAGGCUCUAACAACAUUUACCGAUGACCUGCAGGCUGCACCAACAGUUAGUUAUGCCCUGCAGGCUGCACCAACAAUUAGUGAUGACCUGCAGGCUGCACCAACAGUUAGUGAUGAACUGCAGGCUGCACCAACAGCUAGUGAUGACCUGCAGACUCUACCAACAGCUGUACCAACUUGGGGCGAUGACCUACAGGCUGCACUAACAAAAAGCGACGACCUGCGUGCUGCACCAACAAAGAGCGAUGACCUGCUUGCUGCACGAACAAAGAGCGAUGACCCGCAGGCUGCACCAAUAAUGAGCGAUGACCUGCAAGUUAAUGACCUGCAGGCUGGAAGCCAUGACCUGCAGGCUGCUUCAACAGUUACCGAUAACCUGCAGGCUGAACCAACAGUUACCGAUGACCUGCAGGCUGUACGAACAGGAAGCCAUGACCUGCAGGCUGCACCAACAGUUAGUAAUGACCUUCAGGCUGCAUCAACAGUUAGUUUUGACCUGCAGGCUGCACCCACAGUUAAUGAUGACCUGCAGGCUGCACCAAGAGUUAGUGAUGACCUCCAGGCUGUACCAACAUUUACCGAUGACCUGCAGGCUGCACCAACAGUUAGUGAUAACCUGCAGGCUGCACCAACAGUUAGUGAUAACCUGCAGGCUGAACCAACAGUUACCGAUUACCUGCAGGCUGUACCGACAAGGAGUGAUGACCUACAGGCUGCACCAACAAGGAGCAAUGACCUCAAGGCUGCACCAACGGGGGGCGAUGACCUACAGGCUGCACCAACAAGAAGCGAUGACCUGCUUGCUGUACCAACAAAGAGCGAUGACCUGCUUGCUGCACCAACAAAGAGCGAUGACCUGCAGGCUGCACCAACAGGGAGCAAUGACCUGCAGGCUGCACCAACAGGGAGUGAUGGCCUGCAGGCUGCACCAACAGGGAGUGAUGACCUGCAGGCUGCACCAAUAGGGAGUGAUGACCUGCAGGCUGGACCAACAGCGACUGAUGACCUGCAGGCUGCACCAACAGGGAGUGAUGACCUGCAGGCUACACCAACAGGGAGUGAUGACCUGCAGGCCGCGUCAACAGGGAGUAAGGACUUACAGUCUGCACCAUCAGGAAGUGAUGAGUUGGAGUUUGCAUCAAAAGUUGUCGAUGGCCUGCAGGCUGCACCAACAGUUAUCGAUGACCUACAGGCUACACCAACAAGGAGCAGUGACCUGCAGGCUGCACCAAUAGUUAUCGAGGACCUGCAGGACGCGUCAACAGCGAGUGAUGACCUACAGGCUGUUCCAACAGGGGGCGAUGACAUGCAGGCUGCACCAACAGGGAGUGGUGACCAGCAAGCUACACCAACAGUUAUCGUUGACCUGCAGGCUGAACCAACUGGGAUUGAUGACCUGCAGGCUGCACCAACAGGGAGCGAUGACCGGCAGGCUGUAUCAACAGGGAGCGAUGACAUGCAGGCUGCACCAAUAAGGAGUAAUAAUCUGCAGGCUACACCAACAGGAAGUGAUGACCUGCAGGCUGUACGAACAGGGAGUGAUAACCUGCAGGCUGAACCAACAGGGAGUAAUGAUCUGCAGGUUUCACCAGCAAGGAGUGAUGACCUGCAAGCUACAAGAACAGUUAUCGAUGACCUGCAGGCUGUACCAACAGGGAGCGAUGACAUGCAGGCUGUACCAACAGGUAGCGAUGACCUGCAGGUUGCAUCAACAGGGAGUAAUGAUCUACAAGCUGUAUCAACAGGUAGCGAUGACCUGCAGGUUGCAUCAACAGGGAGUAAUGAUCUACAAGCUACACCAGCAGGGAGCAAUGACCUGCAGGCUGAACCAACAGGGAGCGAUGACCUGCAGGCUGAACCAACGGGGAGCGAUUACCUGCAGGCUGUACCAACAGGGAGCGAUUACCUGCAGGCUAUACCAACAGGGAGCGAUUACCUGCAGGCUGCACCAACAGGGAGCGAUUACCUGCAGGCUGUACCAGCAGAGAGCGAUGACCUGCAGGCUUCACCAACAGGGAGCGAUGACCUGCAGGCUGCACCAACAGGGAGUGGUGACCUGCAGGCUGCACCAACAGGGAGUAAGGAGCUGCAGGCUGUACCAACUGGGAGUGAUGACCUUCAGGCAGCUCCCAUAGAGAGUGAUGACCUGCAGGCUGCGCCAAAAGGGAUUGACGUCCUGCAGGCUGCACCAAUGGGGAGUGAUGACCUGCAGGCUACACCAAAAGGGAGUGAUGACCUGCAGCCUGCACCAACAGGGAGUGAUGACCUACAGCCUGCACCAACUGGGAGCGCUGACCAGCAGGCAGGACCAACAGGGAGCGAUGACCUGCAGGCUGCACCAACGGAAGACGAUGAACAGGCAGAAUCAACAGGAGACGACGAACAGUCAGAAUCAACAGACGACGAACAGUCAGAAUCAACAGGAGACGAUGAACAGUCAGAAUCCACAGGAGACGACGAACAGGCAGAAUCGACAGGAGACGAUGAACAGUCAGAAUCGACAGGAGACGACGAACAGGCAGAAUCAACAGAAGACGACGAACAGGCAGAAUCAACAGGAGACGACGAACAGGCAGAAUCAACAGAAGAUGAAGUAUCCGUACUAACCACAGACGACAAACAGACCGCACCAACAGAAGACGAGAAACAGACCACACCAACAGAAGACGACAAACAGACCACACCAACAGGAGACGACAAACAGACCACACCAACAGGAGACGACAAACAGACCACACCAACAGGAGACGACAAACAGACCACACCAACAGAAGACGACAAACAGACCACACACCAACGACAAACAGACCACACCAACAGAAGACGACAAACAGACCACACCAACAGAAGACGACAAACAGACUGCACCAACAGAAGACGACAAACAGACCACACCAACAGGAGACGACAAACAGGCCACACCAACAGGAGACGACAAACAGGCCACACCAACAGGAGACGACAAACAGACCGCACCAACAGGAGACGACAAACAGACUGCACCAACAGGAGACGACAAACAGACCGCACCAACAGGAGACGACAAACAGGCCGCACCAACAGAAGACGACAAACAGACCACACCAACAGGAGACGACAAACAGGCCACACCAACAGGAGACGACAAACAGGCCACACCAACAGGAGACGACAACAAGGCACACCAACAGGAGACGACAAACAGACCACACCAACAGGAGACGACAAACAGGCCACACCAACAGGAGACGACAAACAGGCCACACCAACAGAGACGACAAACACACACCAACAGGAGACGACAAACAGGCCACACCAACAGACGACAACCACACCAACAGGACACCAACAGGAGACAGGCCAACAGGCCACACCAACAGGAGACGACAAACAGGCCACACCAACAGGAGACGACAAACAGAAGACGACAAACAGACACACCAACAGAAGACGACAAACAGGCCACACACCAACAGAAGACGACAAACAGGCCACACCAACAGGAGACGACAAACAGGCCACACCAACAGGAGACGACAAACAGGCCACACCAACAGGAGACGACAAACAGGCCACACCAACAGGAGACGACAAACAGACCACACCAACAGAAGACGACAAACAGACCACACCAACAGGAGACGACAAACAGACCACACCAACAGGAGACGACAAACAGACCACACCAACAGAAGACGACAAACAGACUGCACCAACAGAAGACGACAAACAGACCACACCAACAGGAGACGACAAACAGGCCACACCAACAGGAGACGACAAACAGACCACACCAACAGGAGACGACAAACAGACACACCAACAGGAGACGACAAACAGACCACACCAACAGGAGACGACAAACAGACCACACCAACAGGAGACGACAAACAGGCCACACCAACAGGAGACGACAAACAGACCACACCAACAGGGAGAGACAAACAGACACCAACAGGAGACACAAACCACACCAACACCAACAGGAGACGACAAACAGACCACACCAACAGGAGACGACAAACAGACCACACCAACAGAAGACGACAAACAGGCCACACCAACAGGAGACGACAAACAGACCACACCAACAGAAGACGACAAACAGAAGACUGAAGUGAAAAAGGCCAGUAAGCGGUGUGUAGUGUCGUAG